AAUAAGAGUCUCCGAAAGCCAGAGCAUACAAGCUAGCAAGCUACGGUGUUUGCCGCCAAUGUAUUUCUUGUAAAGUGUAUAAAAACAAAUAUGGAAGCUGGACAAAUAAGAUGCCAAAAACCAACAACUUUCAUGUGGUAUUAGACAGAAAAGAGGAACUUGUUUUCUCCUCCGUUGGCAAGUCAUCAGAAUCAGAUGUGUCUGAGGAGAAGGAUCAUUAUGCUGUUCUGGGAGCUUGUCCUUCAGAUUCACUUCAGGAGCUCAGGCACAGAUAUAAGAAGCUGGCCUUGCAGUGCCACCCAGAUCGUCUUGGAGAGUCAGAAGCCAAGUCUGGUCUGAAGAUGUUUUUUGAAAUUGAUGCAGCCUGGAGAACUUUGAGUGAUGACAGCACCAGGAGUCACUAUGACCAACGGAGAAGAGCUCAGGAACUGAAACAGGAUUGGCUUGUUGACUCUACAGUCUCGAUGGAUGACAUGACCUGGAAUCAAGAGGAGGGUGGUUAUUCUUAUAGCUGCCGCUGUGGUGGACAGUUCAGCAUUACACAAGAGGAGAUCGAUGCAGAAAUGCUUCGGAGGCAAGGUGCUGCUAAAGUAGAGGACACAAUAGAGGACCACCAUUGGGUUGUAUGCUGUGACACUUGCUCCCUCAGUGUGUAUAUGACAUUUCCAUCAAAUAGCACUCCAAUUUCCAAAUAUGUUAAUAAUUGAAGCUUGGAAUUGAAGUGUUUUUUCUGAUAUAAGAGCUGGUUUUACUACAUAUGUUUUCAGUACAUUAAAAACUAAUAUGUGUUUAAAAAGAAGUUUUUUUUAAUAAAAAUAACGCAAGUUUGGAUUUUAUUUUGUCCAGAACUCAACAAAAGUAACUACUUUUCCCCAGCCUUAAUUCUUGCUUAGAGCUUGCUGUUUUUAAUUUUUUAUUUUAAGGAAUACGCAUUGUUAUGCCCCACAAUGUUAUUUUCUAAGACACCUUGAGGUGGAAAUCAGUUUUGCAGUUUGUGUUCUAUUUUGACCCUCCUGUCUUGCCGUAGGUUUGUGUGGGUGUGUUCAGAGAGCAGUUCAGAGCAGAUGUCAAACAAACAGCACUGCACUGCAGGCUUUAAGCUUUCUUUUCGACUUUGAAGACUUUGAAGGCCUAAACCUGUAAGUUUAUAUUAAUAGAAUAUUGUGACACAUUAAUUGUGUAUUUUCAGUUUAAGAUUGCUUUAGUAAGAUAUUUGUGGCCAUUGUUGAAAGCUAAUUACUCUCAGUAUUUGUUGGUUUGGAUGUUAAAUAGGCUACAUAGCAGACUUCUAUAAUGGUUUAUAUAGCUAUGUACACAUGUAUGUUGUAUAUAGACAUAUGCUAAAUGUAAAAGGUUUGUUUAUGUGUUUGUGUUCACAGUUUUACAAAUUAUAUGAUUGAUCCUUCACUAAAAAGGCCUAAACUACACUACAAA